AUGUCAUCAUACAUAGAUGAACUUUUUGGAUUGAAGGGCAAGACAGCUCUUCUGACAGGGGCCACCCGAGGGAUCGGCGCUCGUCUCGCCCUUGCUCUCUCAAAAGCUGGCGCAGAUAUAAUCCUCGUCCAGCGAAAUGAUACCAACACAGCUACCAAGGACGACAUCAUCAAGCAGGGCGGUAAAGCCGAUAUCGUCGUUUGCGAUUUGGCAUCUUCAACGGAUGUAGCCAAACUUAUCCCCCGCGUUACGAAAAAUUUGGGAAGAACAUUGGACAUAGUGGUAAACUGCGGUGGUAUUCAACGACGUCAUCCGGUAGAAAACUUCCCAGAUGACGAUUGGCAAGAGGUCCUUCAAGUCAACCUCAACACUGUAUUCACCAUUACUCGAGAUGCCGGUAGACACAUGUUAGAAUCGAGAGGUGGAGUAGCCGGUGAGGCUGUACCGGAAGGUGGAGUUGAUGGUAAUCCAAGAGGAAGAGGUAAAAUCAUCAAUAUCUCCAGUCUUGUGGCGUACCAGGGUGGUUUGAAUGUCGUUGCGUACGCUGCCGCCAAACAUGGAGUACAAGGUAUUAUCAAAUCAUUCUCCAACGGUUGGGCAUCAAAGGGAGUUUGCGUCAAUGGUAUUGCACCAGGAUACAUCGCUACUGAUAUGAACGAAGCUCUCAUUGCCGAUCCUGUCAGAUCCCGACAGAUCCUCGAGCGAAUCCCCGCUGGUAGAUGGGGUACACCUGAAGAUUUCGAAGGUGCAGUGGUGUUCUUAGCUUCAAAGGCAUCCGAUUACGUUUCAGGUGAGACCUUGGUUGUUGAUGGUGGUUGGAUGGGACGAUAG